GCCGUUCAUCCCUCUUUGUAUCGCGGGCUCACCCGUGGUUCAACCGUCAACUCCGUCAAGAGGUAGCGACCGGUUCAUCGUGGUUCGUAUUCCCUGGUUCGGUCAGGUUUGGUUUUCACCUCUCUCUCGCGUGGAUCCCGACUCCGUGAUACGAAGUAAUAUGACAACCGAUCCGGAACGCGCCGCCAAUGCUAGCGGUUCAGAAUCCGUCGAAGACGAAGACGAUAAUCAUCGCAAAAUUUUACAUAGAAGUGAUGUGUUAGCUGCUCUUCGAGAUGGUAUUAGCGCAACAGGAUUAGAGCAAAUGCUGUCUCUUCCUGCUUCCGUCAAACGCAGGGUCAAGGCAUUGAAACAACUGCAACUCGUCACCACCAAUAUCGAGGCUAAAUUUUACGAGGAGGUUCAUGCCUUGGAAUGUGAAUACUACAAAAUGUGCGCGCCUCUGUAUGAGAAGCGCAAUGAGAUAGUAUCGGGGGCUUACGAGCCGACCGACGAACAAUGCGUUUGGGACAGCGACGAAGACGAAGAAGUGCUAAAUAAUUAUAUGAAGGAGAAGGCAAAGAUCGAGGAUACUGCGAAGGAGGAAGUAGAAGAUGAUCCUAAAGGUAUCCCAGAUUUCUGGCUAACAAUAUUUAAGAAUGUAAGUACACUAUCUGAAAUGGUUCAGGAACAUGACGAACCAAUCUUGAAGCAUCUACAUGAUAUUCAAGUAAAAUUUCUGCGAGCGAAUCCAAUGGGGUUUGUCCUCGAAUUCUAUUUUACGCCCAACGAUUAUUUCUCUAACACAGUACUCACUAAAGAAUACAUCAUGAAAUGUACCCCAGACAAGAAUGAUCCAUUCAGUUUCGAAGGACCAGAGAUAUAUAAAUCCAAAGGUUGCGUAAUCGAUUGGAAGAAGGGCAAAAAUGUUACUGUAAAGACUAUUAAAAAGAAUCAGAAGCAUAAAUCUCGAGGAUCCAUGCGUACUGUGACGAAAACAGUUCAAAACGAUUCCUUCUUUAAUUUCUUUACUCCACCAAUUGUGCCAGAAGACUCGCAAGCCGAUAUGGAUGAUGAGACUCAAUCUUUACUAACCAGCGAUUUCGAAUUAGGCCAUUACAUUAGAGAACGCAUAGUUCCUAGAGCUGUACUCUAUUAUACAGGCGAAGGUUUAGAAGAUGAAGAUGAUGAUUACGAGGAUGAGGAAGGAGAGGAUGAUGAGGAGGAGGAGGAUGAGGAAGAAGAGGCCUCCUCACCCACUAAUGCGCCUCCAGGUGGGAAACAAGGCGAUGAUACCAAUGAGUGUAAACAACAGUAGAAUUACAUUAAUUGUCACAUAAAAAAAGCAACAAAAUCAAUCGUUCGUGCGUUACAGUAUGCGACAACACACUAACGACACCUCUUGACCGAUAACUGCCUAGAUAAUCCUGCACCUUGCGGCUCCAAAUGUAAUCCCCGUUCUUUGUAUCAAUCAUCUAAUCAUAUCAUAUCUCCUAUUACAGAUCAAGAAUAGAACUCUUCAACAUACCAGUGAUACAAAAAAACAUUAAAAAAAAGAAAUUAUGCGUACCACACCUUCCCUAUACUCGCCGUUGACGAUGAGUAGAAUGUGCGCCUCAUUAUACCUGUGCUAUAAGGUCUAAUCAUAAGUAUAUAAUAAUUGCUCUCGCUCUCGAACAUUAAUUAUUGUCAAUUUUUAAUUGCUUCAUUUUAUACUACUUGUUACGUUUAUAUGCGCCGACAGAGAGGUUGUUUGAAUUCUUUUCCGAGAAAACGCACGUUGCUCUAUGAAUAAAUUUUUGGGUACUGUUGAAGCAUUUUUAAUACAAAAGUGAAGAAAAAAAA